AUGGUAGAGAUAAGAGGCGCCAUGAAGGGCCGGCUGGGAGAGCAAAGGACGAGCCCCAUUCUCCCUCCUUCCGUCACCCCGUCCCAUUCUCCCUCCUUCCAUCACCCCGCCCCAUUCUCCCUCCUUCCAUCACCCCGCCCCAUUCUCCCGCUUUCCAUCACCCCCUUCCACUCUCCCGCUUUCCAUCACCCCGCCCCAUCAUCCCGCUUUCCAUCAACCCGCCCUAUUCUCCCGCUUUCCAUCACGCCGCCCCAUUCUCCCGCCUUCCAUCAACCCGUCCUAUUCUCCCGCUUUCCAUCACCUCGCCCCAUUCUUCCUCCAUCCAUCACCCCGCCCCAUUCUCCCUCCUUCCAUCACCCCGCCCCAUUCUCCCGCUUUCCAUCACCCCGCCCCAUUCUUCCGCUUUCCAUCACCCCGCCCCAUUCUCCCGCUUUCCAUCACCCCGCCCCAUUCUCCCGCUUUCCAUCACCCAGCCCCAUUCUCCCGCUUUCCAUCACCCCGCCCCAUUCUUCCUCCUUCCAUCACCCCGCCCCAUUCUCCCGCUUUCCAUCACCCGCCCCAUUCUCCCGCUUUCCAUCACCACGCCCCAUUCUCCCGCUUUCCAUCACCCCGCCCCAUUCUCCCUCCUUCCAUCACCCCGCCCAUUCUCCCUCCUUCCAUCAACCCGGCCCAUUCUCCCGCUUUCCAUCACCCCGCCCCAUUCUCCCGCUUUCCAUCACCUCGCCCCAUUCUCCCGCUUUCCAUCACCCCGCCCCAUUCUCCCGCUUUCCAUCACCCCGCCCCAUUCUCCCGCUUUUCAUCACCCCGCCCAAUUCUCCCUCUUUCCAUAACCCCGCCCCAUUCUCACUCUUUCCAUCACCCCGCCCCAUUCUCCCUCUUUCCAUCACCCCGGCCCAUUCUCCUGCUUUCCAUCACCCCGCCCCAUUCUCCCGCUUUCCAUCACCUCGCCCCAUUCUCCCGCUUUCCAUCACCCCGCCCCAUUCUCCCGCUUUCCAUCACCCCGCCCCAUUCUCCCGCUUUUCAUCACCCCGCCCAAUUCUCCCUCUUUCCAUAACCCCGCCCCAUUCUCACUCUUUCCAUCACCCCGCCCCAUUCUCCCUCUUUCCAUCACCCCGGCCCAUUCUCCUGCUUUCCAUCACCCCGCCCCAUUCUCCCGCUUUCCAUCACCUCGCCCCAUUCUCCCGCUUUCCAUCACCCCGCCCCAUUCUCCCGCUUUCCAUCACCCCGCCCCAUUCUUCCUCUUUCCAUCACCCCGCCCCAUUCUCCCUCUUUCCAUCACCGCGCUCCAUUCUCCCGCUUUCCAUCACCCGCCCCAUUCUCCCGCUUUCCAUCACCACGCCCCAUUCUCCCGCUUUCCAUCACCCCGCCCCAUUCUCCCUCCUUCCAUCACCCCGCCCAUUCUCCGUCCUUCCAUCAACCCGGCCCAUUCUCCCGCUUUCCAUCACCCCGCCCCAUUCUCCCGCUUUCCAUCACCUCGCCCCAUUCUCCCGCUUUCCAUCACCCCGCCCCAUUCUCCCGCUUUCCAUCACCCCGCCCCAUUCUCCCGCUUUUCAUCACCCCGCCCAAUUCUCCCUCUUUCCAUAA